UAUGUAUAGUUUUCAAAUUAGGACAAUUUUCUUAUAGUGAACUCUGUGUUUUGUCGUCAUACGGGGAGGGUCAGUGCUGUAACCUACUGGGUGUAUAACGGGAAGAGGCUUUUUCUUUUGCUUCGGAGACUAUUAUGAAUAUAAAAAUAGCAACAGUUUGAGAACGAAAUAUACAAAAUAGAAAUAGGAUUUAAUCCAUAAAGCAGUACACAAAAUGUGGAGUUAAAUAAUCAGAAAGCUUCUGGUGGAUCAUGCUUUAUAAAUCGGGUUUCUUUUGUCUGUGCCUGUGGUUAGCACGUGGUGUGUUUGGUGUUGAUGGAGAUGAAGUGAAGUCAGUGUCAGUGAUGGAGGGAGAUUCUGUUGCUCUACACGCUGAUAUUACUCAAAUACAGAGAGAUGAUCACAUACUGUGGAUGUUUGGACCUAAAGGGACUCGUAUAGCUGAAAUCCACAAGAAACAAGUUUAUCUGGAUGGCAGUAAUGAGAUAUUUGGAGACAGACUGAAGCUGGACAGUCAGACUGGAUCUCUCACCAUCACAAACAUCAGCACCACAGACUCUGGACUUUAUAAACUACAGAUCAUCAACAGCAGAAUGACCGCAUACAAAAUAUUUAAUGUUACUGUCUAUGCUCCUCUGCCCGUUCCUGUCAUCACCAGUAACUCUUCAAACUGUUCAUCAUCAGAAAGAUCAUCAAGUUCAAAAUGUGUGGUGUUGUGUUCAGUGUUGAAUGUGAGAGAUGUGAGUCUGUCCUGGUACAAAGGAAACAGUUUAUUAUCCAGCAUCAGUGUGUCUGAUCUCAACAUCAGACUCUCUCUACCUCUGGAGGUUGAAUAUCAGGAUGCAAACACAUACAGAUGUGUGGUCAACAAUCCCAUCACAAACCAAACUCAACAUCUCAACAUCACUCAUCUCUGUAAGAUGUGUUCAGAUUAUGGUCAUUGUUGUGGUUUUACCGAAGCUGUGAUCCGAUUGGCCAUCUCUGCUCUUGUGGGCGUGGCUACUGUUGUUGUUCUGGUUCAUCACUUCAGAUCUACAAAUGAGAGCACAAACGCAGCUGGACUCUAGAGGGCAGCAUUUUUAAGGGAAAAAGGCUCCAGUGUUAAAGCAACACCAAGAGUUUUUUGUUAUCUUAAAAUGACGUUUCCAAAAAAGUUUCAGUUGUUCGUCCACUCGAAUCAGGAUGAAUGGCACUUUCACAUUCGCUUUGCAGCCAUCUAUCGGCCAAAACCGCACUAAAAAAGUUUCCAACCAUCGGGUCGCGGUCCUGUAGUUCGAGUAAAACAACAAAAACCUGCUUUACGGCAGACCUACAAUCCAAUCAGAGCCAGAUUUGCUGCAGUAGGCUAAAUUAUUUACGACAGUGGUAAUGGACAAUUCCGCUUCCAACCUGUAGGGGGAGCAAAGAGCAAAAACUCUUCAGGGUUGCUUUAAGUACUGUGUAUGUCACAGUGUUUCAUUGAAGUCCAGUGUGUGAUAUCAAGAAUUGUUGAUAGAUAUUAUGUAUGAGAAUAACAAAGAGAGACAUUAAAAACAUUCUGUAAAAGAAUGAAUUUUAAGUAUCCAUGUUGUAUUUGCAUACUGCCCUACAAAGGCAAAAGACCUUAACUCGCUAGAGUGUGAAACUGAAAAAAUGACUUUAAACUUAGACUUAUAGUGAGUUUCAGUUGUCAGUUAAUUUCUUCAUUAUUAAUAUUUUCUCGAAAAAAACAUAAAACUGACUCAAGAUACUAAUGCAAAUAAUAAAGGAGGUCUUGAAUGUCUCAAAAAUAUCAAUAAGUAAUUUUUGACCAAAAACGAAGUUACUGCCUUUGCCUUUGUAUGUUUGUGUCAUCGUUCUGAAUCUGAAUUAUCUCAACAUUUUGUUCAAAAUUUGGUAUUUUUGAAGAAACACACUCAUAUUUUAAAGGUGAUAAAAAGAAAAAAUUAAGAUGGCAUGAGUUUUUUUUGUUUUUUUUUGAUGGGGCAGAUGGUCUGUUUCUUUUAUGUUUGGUCUUUCAUUAUUGUAUGUGUAUAUGUUUUAAAAAAUUAUUGGAAGCCAUUAACAUUUUGUGAAAAUCACAUUAUAUCACAAUAAUAUAAAAAUAAUAUAACAAUAAUAUAAUAGGUAAGACUUAAAAAUAUAUAAAAGGUAAAAUAGUGGUAAAAAUUUGGCUCACAUUAUAUUUAAAUUUUUAAAAUCUGGCCCUCAAAGUAAAGUGCUAAAGACCCCUGGUUUACAGCAUUGAAUUGAAAAAAGUAAGAAGCCAUGGCUGUCUAUUAAAUCAUGUACUUGUGUACAACCCAUUUCUGGUGGAUACAUGUCAUGGAGUUUUGUUAGCAAAGAUUAAGACAGGAAGUUAGAAAAACUUUGUUUUCAAUCAUGUGAUUCUUUUGUUUCUCUGUUGUCUGACAGUGUGGUUGACACUUUGCUGGUAUCACAGGAUGUGUUUUGUGUGGUUUGUAUAGAGAGAUAGAGAUGGGGGAUGCACAAAGGCAGACAUAAAACCCACAGAGAAAAACUUGAUCAUGUAGGAAGCUGCCUUUUUAUAGUAGGCAGAUCAAAUUCUUUAGAGUCACAGUUUUUUUAUACUGACAUUGCUUUGACCUUCGAACAGCACUGGAUUAAAAUAACUUUGCCUUUCUUGUAAUUACUGCAUGUGAAAUGAAUAUAAAAUCACCACUAUAAACAAUAAUCAAACUUUUUUUCCCCGGGUCACUUUUUGCCUAAAACAAUUUUGAAUUUUGUCAGUGAAAUUGCAUAGUGUUUCUUUACAGUUGUUUUGCAUAUUUAAAUCAAACUUACAUAUUUAAAAGUUUAUCAUGUAAACAAAAAUUUAAAUGCCUUAAAAUGUAACUCUGCAUUUAACCCUACACCCUUGCAUAACCAAACCAUUUUUAGGGAAGUGUCUUUUUAUAUUUUACCCAUUGUCUGUAUGAGUGGAUGUAUUUCAAUGUGUCAUUUUGAAGUUUAUAUGCAAAGUAAAUAUCAUUAUUGUAUGGUGAUCUUGUGGAAAUGAAACUAUAUAACUGUGUGAAAUGAAUUGUCUCUGAACACAAUUAUUUUUUAUCAUGGGUGAAGUUUUGCAGUGUGGUUCCUUGAAUAACCACUAGAGUGCAGUAUUGUGUGGCGAAUUGCAUAAUUAGUUGUCAUUUGUCCGAAAUGCAUACAAACUUGAUAUUAAACUUCAUGCAUAUAUUUAUUGAAAUAGUAGUUUUCUAUUUAUCCCUCUUUAAUUGUUAAUAAAGUAAUAUAUUAUUGUGAAGUCCUGUUGUGUGAAUUCCUCCAUAUCUCCUCUGCUAUAUUUAAAAUAAAAAUUUUUA